GCAGUAACGGGGGGCGGGUGCCACCUGCCCCGGGGAUUCCCCCCCCCCCCCCACCGCCGCCGCCGCCCCAUAAGAGCCCGGUGCGGGCGCCGGUGGCGGCACCGACGGCGAUGGCUCCGCUCCGCCUCCUCCGCCUCUGCCUCUGCCUCGCGGCGCUGCUGCCGCCGCCGCCCGCCGUCCCGGCACCGGUCCCGGCGCCCCGCACCGACUGGGCCGCCUGCAGGAACCUCUCCCAGGAGCUGUCGCGGCGGCUGGCGGCGCUCAAAGAGCCCCACCGGGACCUGGAGGGGACACAGCUGAGCGAGGAGGACCCCAAUAACUGGCCCCCCCGGAUCCGCUGCAGCGACGCCUGCGACCCCUCUACGUUGGACACCAACAACACGCGCUGCCUGCGGCGCAUUCUGCAGGGGCUUCAGCACUACCGGGACCUGUUGGGUUCCGACAUCACCGACCGCAACCUUCGCCCGCUGGAGGCCGUGAUGGACCAGCUGCUGGGCCUCGUCCAGCAGGAGCACGGCCGCGCACCCCAACACCCGCUGGCACCCACCGGAGCCUGGAGCCACCCGCUCCUGCGGCGCCUGGCGCUGCAGCGGCUCCAAUCCUUCACUGCCAUCAUGGGCCGCGUCUUCACCCACAGCGCCAGCGUCCGCUGA